AUGUCCUCAGAAGAUAGUUCAAGUGAUGACGAAUCAAGAGUAAAUGCCCAGGAAAGCACAUCAGAGGACGAUUCCAUAGCUGAGGAGCAGCAACGAAGUACAGUCACAUCAUCGGAUGAUGAUGAUGAACAAAUAAGGAAGAAAGUGGAAGGCUUCACUGUUGAAAAAAGCGUAUCUGCAGAAAGUGAUGACUCUGGUGCUCCUUCAGAGCGACGUUUGGAAGCUGAGGAAGAUUUAGAUGCCCUAUCAGAACGGCAGCCACUUCCAGCUGUUUCUGAUGAUUCAGAUUCUGUUUCGGAACACGAGUUAGAUGAAGCAAAGGAAUCCAAUGAUAGCGAAAAAGAUGGUGACAACACAUCAAAGAGCCCUUCAGAAACAGAUGAAAUAGAGGAGGGGAAACAAGGGCUUAAAGAUAUUGCAUUAUCUGAAAGUGACAGUGAUAAAGAAAGUGACGAAGGACGAAAGGAAUUAACAGAGGAUGACAUAGUUGGACCGCGUCUUUAUCCUGAUCCAGAAACAAGUGCUGCAGAUACUGAACGCCUUGAGCCGACAAUCGUUGAAGUUAACACUGCAAGAAUAUGUCCAAAAUUCACUGACGAAGGAUUAUAUUUUGUGAAAUUCCCAAACUUUUUGAGUAUUGAACCGCGUCCAUUUGAUCAGGAUCAUUAUGAAGAUGAAUUUGAUGAAGACGAUUUGCUAGAUGAAGAGGGACGUGCUAGAUUAAAGUUGCGAGUGGAAAAUACAAUCCGUUGGCGUUAUGUAUUAGAUGAUGCUGGUAAUAUACAGAAGCAGGGGAAUUCAAAGGUUGUUCGCUGGUCGGAUGGAACGAUGUCUCUUUACCUUGGUGGAGAAAUUUUCGAUAUAACAGUACAACCAAUGCAACUUGAUAAUCAUUUGUUCUUGCGACAAGGUGCGGGCUUACAAGGGCAUGCUGUUUUCAAGGAAAAAUUAGUAUUUCGGCCGCAUUCAACUGAUUCUAUCACGCAUCGAAAAGUUACACUAUCAAUGGCAGAUCGAUCUAAUAAGUCGCAGAAAGUAAAAGUUUUAACAGCAGUUGGUUCAAAUCCAGAAUCGAAGAAGGCGGAAAUAGUUCGAAAAGAAGAAGAACGUAUGCGUGCUCAAAGUCGUCGUGAAGCACAACAGAGGCGUAAUCGUAUGCGUCCAUCUCUAGGUCGGUCAGGGCUGACCGCUAACUUUUUGGAGGACAGAGACGAAGAUUCUGACGAAGAGUCAAUAUCUGCCAUCAAGAAUCGCUAUAAGCAUGGUUUGGAUGAUAGACCGUUGAUUGGCCAUUCAGAUUCUGAAGAUUCAGAUUCCAAGAGACUGCAUGAUGCUAAAAAAGAUAGUGAAGACAGUGAUAGUGACCAGGAAAGGAGAAAACAGAAAAAAAGAAAAGUGAUUAUUGAAGAUGAUGAUGAUGAAGAUAAUUAA